UACGACGCGCUCGGCGUGGACCCGUGCGCGUCCGCGGGCGAGAUCAAGAAGGCCUACUACAGGAAGGCCCUCAAGGUCCACCCGGACAAGCACCCGGGCGACGCCGACGCCGCGGCGCAGUUCCAGAAGAUCGGCGCGGCCUACCGCGUGCUCGGCGACGCGGACGCGCGGCGCCGCUACGACGACACGGGCGCCGCGGCGGACGCGGAGGACGGG